CGCGCGCAUGGCGUGCGUCGUGUGCGGCGACGAUCCGGACGCCGACGGCGAACCCGUGCUCUGCGAGCGCGGACACGCGCUCUGCGAAGCGUGCUUCGACGCGCACGUCAAGACGGAGAGCGAAAAGGAUGUCGCGGCAUUGACGACGCGCGACGGCGAGGUGCGAUGCCCGAUGCGCGCGGCGGCGUUCGGCGACGACGCGUGCGACGCGGGAUGCUACGAGGCGCGGAUGAUCGCGAGACGGUGCUCGAAAGAGACGUUCAAGGCGUACGAUGAGGCGAGGAGACGGGUGAACGAGGCGAAAAUCGUGGACGAGACGGAGCGGCGCGUGGCGGCGGAGCGAGCGAGGAUGCGAGAGAGCGCGGGGGCGGAUGAGAAGUUGAGAGUGACUCGGGAGCACGUGAUUGAGAAGAUAUUCACGACGUGCUGUCCGAGGUGCUCGCAGGCGUUCGUGGAUUUCACGGGGUGUUUCGCGUUGUCGUGUUCGAGGUGUCGAGCGGGGAUUUGCGCGUAUUGCUUGGCGGAUUGCGGGAAGGACGCGCACGCGCACAUCGGAUCGUGCGCGCAGGCGAAGGCGAUGUCGGCGUGGAAUUCGAGGCAAAAGAAGAAUAAGGCGAAUUUGGCGGCGACGAAUCGCGGGCAUCCCGCGGGGACGUACGGGUCGACGGGGAUGUUUGAAGAGGCGCAACGCAGGCGAAGGUUGGAGAUGUUCGCGCUGUACUCCGAACACUGGGAUGACGCGUUUUUACAGAGCGUGCUCGAGUCUUUGAUUCGCGAGAUGAAAGACUUGAAUAUUUCGAAAGAAGAUAUCACGCGCGCGCGCAGCGCGAGGCUCAAGGUGAACAAGGCGCCACCAGCUCCCAAGCCCGCGCCAGGGCGCGCCCGCCAGGGCAGGCGUGCUGGCGUUGGCGCCUUUGCCGAGCGUUUGCUCGAGGGUGCGGGAGAGCCUUUUCCUCUUCCGGAACAGUGGGGUAUCGUGUUUCCCGAAGUGCGACGGCGCGGCGCUCGUCGGGCCGUCAGAGGGCCUCCGAACGCCUUAGAGUGGGCACUCCAGCUGAGAGAUCCGGUGGAAGACCAGGGGCGCUUGCAGGCGGAGCUGCGCGUUCGUAGAGCGGAAGAGGAGGCGCAACGUGAGCGCGAGAGACAGCGUCAAGCUCGAGAGAAGCUCGCGAAGAAAGCUGAGGCAGAGAUACGCAAAAAAGCCGAAGCGUGGCGCAUAAAAGGCGAUGCAAAGACGAAGGCGGACAAAAUGCUCGAGCAAAGGAAUUUAGAACUCGCAAUUAGCGCUUCGAUGCGUACCGCGGCGGAUGAGCGACGACGCGGCGCGCGAAGACCGGUACCUCUACCUGACGUCGCGGGACCUUCGCGCCCAGCGCCAGAGGUCGUCAGGAUAGACGAAUCUCCGCCAGAACGUCUCGCCGCAAGGCGAAACAAGCGUGCGAAAGCAAGCAAAUCACAAGACACCGCAAGCAAAGACUCUGUGAUUGACCUCACGUAA